CGCGUUCGUGUCGGUUGCCGCCGCCGCCGUCGUUUGCCCACCAGUGUUCCCGUCGUAUCGAGCCGCUUAUACCGCGGCGCAGCACAGAUACACAGCAUACACCUCACACACACGCGGGCGCGAUAAUAAACGUUCUUUUAUAAUAAUAGUAUACAUGUUAUGAUAAUAUUAAUUUAUCGUUACGAAAUACGAAAAUCGUAAAAUAAUUUUAAUAUUUCAUUUGCUAUAAAAUAUAAUAUAAUAUAAUAUAAUAUAAUAUUUUAUUAUAUUGUAUUCUCGCACGAGCGUGUGUAUUUUUUUCGUUCCGUCUCUUGAAUUCCCCGCCACUAGUCGACUGCUACUCGACUCGUGUCCGUCAGUACACAUUCAGACGGGGCCACACGGCGUUUUACUAGACGGUGACCAAUAGUACUUGUUUUUCCGCCACGAGAUCUGCCACCGUACUGCGGUAAUCAACGACGAACAAAAUAUUAUGUGAACUUGGCGCGCAAGUCCGCAACAGAGGAGAAAAAAAACAGACAGACCAGGAGGAACAGUCGCCUACAGAUUUCAAACGGCCGCGGUCGUUACACACAUCAGCAACAGACGAAGUCUCAGUCGUCGUACGAAUAAGUUUUGUCGACGUAACCGUUUCGCAGACGAUAUACUACCCAACAUGGACACUGCUACGUUUUUCGUCGAGGGCACUGCCAAUCAGUUCGAGCACGUACUCUCGCUGUAUCCGCAAGCGUUGCGCAUCAAAGCCGAGGCCAAGACGAAAAAGCCCGAAGACCUCAUCAAGCUGGACAACUGGUAUCAGAAUGAAUUACCAGGAAAAAUCAAGUCCCGGGGAAAAGAUGCACAUUUAAAUCAUGAAGAAAUUUGCCAAAUAAUGAAAUGGAAGCAAACAAGAGGAAAAACUUUCCCUCAAUUGAAUUACUUAAUUAAAGUGAACACACCACGUGCUGUUAUGGCUGAGACAAAGAAAGCUUUCAAAAAAUUACCCAAUUUAGGACUUGCACUUACAGCGUUAAGUAAUUUGAAAGGCGUUGGAACCACAAUGGCCUCAGCUUUGUUAGCAGCUGCUGCACCAGAUAAAGCUCCUUUUAUGGCUGAUGAAUGUCUAAAAGCAAUACCAGCUAUUGAAGGAAUUGACUAUACUGCUAAAGAAUAUUUGAACUUUGUAGCCCAUAUUCAGAACACAGUGGAAAGACUUAAUAGUGAAUGUAGUGAAAAUACAUGGAAUCCACAUUCAGUAGAAUUAGCAUUGUGGACACAUUAUGUGGCAAAUGAAUUCAAACCUGAACUUUUAAGUAGUGUUCCAGAACCAAUUAAGAAGCCAAUUAGUGAACAAACAAAUACCGAUGCUCAUACUAAUGGCAAUGUUAAUCAAACAAAGUUGGAUGAACCAACAUCUGAUGAUAGCAAUCCUGAGCCAUUACCGCCGUCCAAUGGUCACCAAUUAACAAUUGAAGAUGAUUCUCGUGACAAGUCUGAAGAUGAUAUCACCAAUGACUCUAUAACGACAUCAGAAUCAGCUCAAACACCACUUGCUGAAGCUUUAACAGAGGACUCAUCUAGUCUGCCUGCCCCCGAUGAGCCCCCUGUAAAAAAAUUCAAAAAUGAAGUCCAGACAGUGGCUGCGGAAGCCAAUGGCAACUAAAUUGGUUAAAUGGUUUUAAUUAAGCCAAAUGGACCACCAUAAGUUUAUAAUUUUAGUGACAAGUUAACAUUGGAGAAAAUAUUGUUUGAAACAAAAUUAAUUGAUAAAAAAAACUCCAUAUUUAUCAGACUUAAUUAUGUAAUUAUAACUUUCAGUUAUACAAUUUUAUUUACAUAUGAAAUAUUUCACCAUUUUUAAAUGGACAACAAUUUAAUUUAUUUUAAUUCGUACAUGAAAACUCGUAAAUAUAUUUUUUUUAUACUUAGAUUUUAUACAACAAAAUAAAUUAAGUCUGUAAUAUUCUAAUUUGUUUUAUUCAACUUAGUAAUUUCAUAAUUGAAAUAUAUGACUGUAAAUACAAUUAAUUAUAAUUAUAAAUGUUUAAGAUUUACGGGAUAGAGGGAUGUCUGAAUAUUAUGAAAUAAUAAUAAAAGUGCACCUUAGGAAGUAAUUUUUUUCUAAGAAUUGUCAUAAUUCAUUGAAAAUUUUGAUUUAUAAUGGGGGGUCAAGGGAAACUUGCAUUCAAGAACAUAAACACAUUAUAAGUAUAUACAUAUAUUUAUAAUUGACAUAUUAUGUACAUAAAUAUGUAGUAUUAAUGUAUCGGAUCUGCACCAUUUUUAUUGAAAUAAAUUAACAACAAUGUUAGUUUAUGUACUUAAAUAAGAAAACUGCCUUUUA